AAUUACUACCCCAUGCUACUCAGUCUUAUGUGUGUUUCUCAUGUAUAAAUGGCCUAUAAAAUAUUGUCCAGAGUCACUGCGUUAAAUGUCCGACUGAGGUAUGAUUCGGCCGCCUUCAGCACGUUAAAGUCCGGCUGCAGUUUGACGGUGGAACAUGACCGACAGAACCGGCGCUUCACUGUCUAUCCGAGCAGCGGGGCUGGUGGCCAUGACUGUGCGGUGCUGCACUACAGAUUCACUGGAGAGAAAGAGGUGGACUUAAUGUCAACUUAUGUACCAGAGACAUACAGGGGCCAGGGUGUUGCUGCAGUGCUGUCACAGGCUGCCAUGGACUUCCUGGUUGAAGAAAACCUCAAGGCUCAUAUCUCCUGUUGGUAUAUAAACAAAUACAUUGAAGAAAACCCUGAAAAAAAUUAUAAAGAACUCAUCAUCACUUGACUGCAGCCUGUUGGUCCAGUACUUCUACCUCAAAUCAACUAUAACCUCAUGUAAAUAACUGUGCUGUGCUCCAGAGGCCAAAUGGAGGAUGUGAAACAUGUCGUACUUGAUCUGCGUCAUCUAAAAGUCAUAAUUCACAUUAUAUUUCAGAUUAUAUAGAUGCCUGAUUAAACCUGUUAAAAUUAGGGACAGUAUAUUUUUUAUUACUUUGUAAUGAACAUAAAUGUAAUGCCUAUUAAUUAUGAGUAAAUUUACUCAAAAUCUCUCAAAAGAAAUUGAGGGUUCAAUGAAGGUGUUUCUGCGUGAUAUUGAUUUUAUUUCAGUUUUUUGUUUUUUCAAUCUGAAAUAAGCAAAUUGAUCCUUUUUUAAUAUCAGAUUGCACUUUUUAAAUUAUUGUGUCUGUAUCUGUCUGUGUAGAUUUUCUCACAAAGUAGUAAUAUUUAUUAAUUGUUUAAUAUCAGGAGAAGACAUGGACAAAUCUAUGAAGGCAUGAUGUUAAUGAUAAUGUCUGUACAUUAAAAACAAAACAAUGUAUUUGUAAGAUGUAUUUGUUAAUUAAAAUGCAGUCUCUCUUCACUGAGUAUUUUGCUAUCAGGGGAUGGGUGGGUUGUUUCCGGUGUGAGUGUUGAUGGCCAAUCACAACAACUAUAUGAAUAUCGUCACUGCAUUGCUGUAUGACAAGAUAAUAUCAUGGUGCAAAAAAUGUAAAAAAUAAAAAAUAACA